AUGGAGGUCGCGGGCCUGGUACUGGGGGCUCUGCCCCUCAUUCUUUCUGCAAUUGAGAGUUAUGACACGGUAGCACAGUUGUCCAAGAACUACUGGCAUUACGAAAGCAUCCUGCACGACAUCCGCUUGCAGGUCUUCGCCCAGGACGAACAACUGAGGAGGACACUCAAAUUAAUCAAUCUCGUGGACCCCACACAACAAAAUCUGGAAAUGCAGUUGCGAAGACGAUUUCCAGAAAAGCAUGAAAACUACCUGGAUAUUAUCCGCCAGAUGGACAAAAUAGCGGCGCAGAUGAUGAAGAAGAUGGAACUUGAUUCCCGGGGAAAGCCUGCAUGGUUCAACGACACAUCAGAUCGAGCCCGUUACGAAUGGCGACGAGUCAAAAGGAGCAUCAGCCACAUGAAGACGUGGACUUUCGCCGAGCAGCUCCAAUAUUGGAACAACGUAUUGACGAAUUGUUUUCAAACGCCAGAAGUGGGAAUCACCUCAACGAAAGAGACACCUACCCUUUCCACAGUCAAGAAUGGGUUCGACAUCGACCGAUGCGACAAGACAAGGCAGAACGCUCGAUCCGUUUUCCGUGCAGUACAGGGUGCGUGGAAGUGCAAAGAUGUGGCUCAUUGUCAUCAGGGAAAUCUGAAACUUUCAUGGCAUGAGCAUGAUCAGCCGCAGAUCGAUAUACUGCCCAUUGCAAUAACCCCGGGACAGAGCCAGCCUAAGAGCCCGCUUGUCUGGCACAGCUUUGUUGUCGAAGUCCAUGAUGGCGAGGUGAUUGCAAGCUCUUCAGCUACUACCUCUACUUCAAGCCAACACGUGAAUACCGAAACUCCAGUCAGCACCAAGAAGUCUCACAGUAUCUCACGUCGCUUGCAGUCUGUGUUUAGAAGGAAAGUGCCUUCAACGCCGAGUGCAACCCUUGCGGUUGCUGGCUUGGAGAGGCCUCUAUCCGCGUAUCGGGAAAUCGGGAGCCUGUGCUCCCUGAUUGAUGAAACCGCUUCGGACAGCCGAUUCGUGUUGGGGAUGGCAGAGAACAAAAGCCGUAUAAUCAUCAAACACGAUCGAUUGGAUUCACCGCAGGAAGUCCCGAUGGAACUCAAAAGUCUACUUUCUAGCAGCAAACGGCUACGCUCGUCAAGGGGCCAUAUUCCGCGUGCCUCGUUGUCAGAGAGACUGGCUGUGUCUGCUGGCUUGUGCUGGGGUGUGCUCUAUCUGGCUGAAACUCCCUGGCUGGCUCCCGACUGGGAAUGGAUCGAUGACAUUUCCAUCUUUAAAAAGCCGUCCAUUGAUAACUAUGUAUCACAGUUGCCUGCUAUAGGCUGGCUUGGAAACAAUGAUCGAUCGGCGGCAGAUGGUGGAAUUCAGACAUUUCACAUCCAGAGGGGCAUCAACAAGACUCUCUUCGCUUUGGGAGUAUUGCUAAUCGAGCUAUGCCUUGAUACUUCCUUUCAGUCUCUCAGAAGCACAAGUUUGUCGCAGAGGGCAGCGAACAGUGCUGUACCUGAUGACAUUGAAAUAGCGGAUGAAUUGGUUCAAAGGGUUUAUGAUUCAGUCGGCCGUGGCUACGGCUACGCUGCGCAGCGAUGUAUCCAUGGGGAUUUUCCGGGCCGACGUGACAUGCACGACUUCAAUUUGCAGUCUUUCCGGCUCGAUUUCUUCAAUGAGGUUGUGGCCCCAGUCCAAGCCACCUACAAGUAUUUUGCUCCCUAA